GAUACACCAUCUAAUAGCUGUAGUUGUUCCUGACCCAAACCGUUCCCAGACGCCAAACUGCGUGCAAGAUGCCGCUGGUAGUCAUUUGCGGGCAGCCAUGCAGUGGCAAAAGCACGUUGGCAGCUAAACUUGUCAAUUUGUUCCAAGAGGCGGGCCUGCCGGUGGAGCUGGUUGACGAGCUGUCACUGCAUCUGGAGAGGAACGCCGCAUACACGGGCACUUUCAAUGAGAAGAACACGCGCGCCAAGCUCAAGAGCAAGACGGAGCGGGUGGUGGGGCGCAAGGGGGUCACCAUACUGGACUCCAUCAACAACAUCAAGGGCUACCGAUAUGAGCUGUGGUGUGUGGCGCGGGCCGCGGGCACGCGCUACUGCAUGGUGCACGUGGACACGGAGGUGUCGCAGUGCCGGCAGUGGAACGAGGCGCGGCCGGAGGCGGAGCGGUACAAGCAGGACAUCUUUGACGACCUGGCUGGGCGCUUCGAGCGGCCCGACGCGCGGAACCGCUGGGACGCGCCCCUUUUCACCCUCCACCCCGCCAGUGGCACCGGCACCACCAGCAUCGGCGAGGACGCGGAGCCCGAGGCCGACGUGCUGGCGGGGGUGGUGCGGGCCAUGCUGGACGAGCAGCCCAACGUGCAGGCGCGGGUGGCCCGCGACCUGACCCCUACCAUGGCCACCGCCAACCCCACCCUGCUGGCCACCAACACACUGCACGAGAUCGACCAGGCGGCGCAGGAGAUCCUCAACGCCAUCACAGAGGCGCAGGCGGCGGCGGCGGGCGGCGCCGCCGAGGUGGUGCGCUUCCCGGGCGUCGGCAGCGGCGGCGGCGGCGGCCCGCCGCAGGAGCUGGAGCUGCGCCGGCCAGUGAGCCUGGCGGAGCUGCGCCGACACAAGCGCGCCUUCCUCAAGUUGGCCACCAAAAUCACAUUCGCGCGCCUGCAGGACGCGACCGCCGCCAAGCGCAUGUUUGUGGACUACCUGCGCACUGCCCUGGCCGGUGAGGGCGGCGGCGGCGGCGCAGCGGGCGAAUACGUGUGAGGCAGCAGGCGGCGCCUUUACUCUUCCAGCAGAGCUGCACAGCGCCAGAUACACGUCAGCCAUUGCAGGCGGACCGCUGCAGAGCUGGUGUUGUGGAUGCGCACCGCCCGCUGCGAUAUGCACACAUACAUGGUUGAGGCCGCGCCAGAUGGUGCUGCAGGGCGCGCAGGCCUGCGCUGGGCUGCCUCCAUCCUGCGAAUGCAGCAGCACAAGCGGAGCUGCCUACACGCAAGCAGGCAAGCAAGCGCGGUAGUGCGGCUGCACCGCGACCAGCACUGCCACUAGCACCGGCACCUGCGCUCUUCAAAUGCCGGGAUCGCGCGGCGUCAAGUUGAACGCGUGGUGCACCCCGGGCGGGCGGCUCGGCUGCUGGUGUGGAACAUGCUGGUAGCACAGCUCCUCGCUGUGACGCACAUUGCUGCUGCGGCGGCGGCAGCGGCGGCGGCGCCAACAGAGCUGCUGCGUGCGCUGGCAGCCGCCGGCCACCGUGCACUGCCGCGCGUGUUCGCAUGCAGCGUGCUUUCGGGGCCACACCUCGCCAUAUUCGUGACCAUGAUGUAGCAUGGGUUGACCUUGGCCUUGCGCGGUUGCGCCUCAAGCGCGAGUACCGCGGAGGAUCGGCGGUUGAUCUACACGGUCUGCCUGGCCGCAUGCGUUCGCAUUGUGCGUUGACACGGGAGUGGCAGUGUGGUGCUUUCGCUUUGCGCACCACCUGUCAUGUGCCUUAGACAUGAAGGAAGGCGGUUGUGGGGCACUGACCAUCGCUACAUAAGUGCCAUUGACGGGUGUAAAUGUCACGCAUCUCUGUUGCCGUGUUGGAAUUGAAAUGCGUAAAUGCGAAUGCGAAUGUCGAGUUUGCCGACAUGCAAGGCGGGGAACCGGGCGAGAUGCAACAGCAACCAGGGCAGUCAGGCAAGAAGCAGGAGGGUGCAGGGUCCAGAAGGCGGAGGGGGUGCAACAUGGCACUGGCGGCCAAUGGGACGCAACGCGGGCGUGUAAGGCGGAAGGCAU